AUGGAGCACCUAACAAUGCAUCUUCACAGACCAAGAACUACGAGAUCACCCCCAUCAUUCUGGGGUGACGGAGGGAUCGUACCAUUCGAGCCGCUUUUUUUUCAUGCUUUUCCUGGAGGUCUGGAGAAAGCUGCAAUCAAUAGGAUUUCCCUAAUCCUCCCUUCUCGAAAGGAAGAGCGUGAAAUUAUUUUUCCUUUAUGCGGGGACCAGGAGAUUGGAUCUGGCCGUAAGAAGAAUGCUUGGUUUACUUUUGGACAUGCUUUGUUUGCUUUGCUCUUCUUCUUCGGACACAUUUGA